AUGGAUGCUAUGAUCGACAAGUUGACUGGAGCUAUAUUUGUUUUUCAAAUUGUCUUUGUUAUGGUUCUUGGUGUAGCUGGUAAUGUAUGGAAGGAUACGGAAGCAAGGAAGCAAUGGUAUGCCGAGUAUCCCGAGGAAGGUCCAUGGUAUGAACUGUUGGUCAUUCCACUUCGUUUUGAGCUACUUUGUUCUAUCAUGAUCCCCAUAUCAAUUAAGGUGUCCCUUGACCUUGUGAAGAGCUUGUAUGCAAAGUUUAUUUAUUGGGAUGAUAAAAUGAUUGACCAUGAGACUAUUACUCCAGCCCAUGCAACAAAUACAGCAAUCAGCGAGGACUUGGGCCAGGUUGAGUACAUUUUGACUGACAAAACUGGUACUCUAACAGAAAAUAAGAUGAUCUUUAGAAGGUGUUGUAUCAGUGGCAUUUUCUAUGGAAAUGAGACAGGAGAUGCCUUAAAAGAUGCAAGGUUGCUCAAUGCUGUUGCAAGUGGUUCUCCUGAUGUUAUACGGUUCCUUACAAUUAUGGCAAUAUGUAAUACAAUAAUACCAGUACAGAGGUGAUUUUGCUUCUAUAUGUAUUUUUUUUUUUUUUUUUCUGUUUUUGAUGGUUUUACAAUCUCUUGA